GAGCUUUAAGACAUCCCAAAGGUUUGCAGGUGGUAUCAGAACAGGGCAGGACUUGGGAUCCUGGGAGAAACACACACGAGGCAUUGGUCAAAAACUUCUGCAGAAGAUGGGCUACGUUCCAGGAAAAGGAUUGGGCAAAAAUGCUCAAGGUAUUGUGAACCCGAUUGAGGCUAAGUUGCGAAAGGGGAAGGGAGCAGUUGGUGCAUAUGGUAAUGAGAGGACCCAGCAGUCCCUGCAGGAUUUCCCUGCUGUAGACUCUGAGGAGGAGGAGGAGAAUGAGUUUCAGAGGGAGUUGGGGCAAUGGCGUAAAGAAGCAGGAACGGCAAAGAAAAAGCCCAAAUAUUCUUACAAGACUGUGGAAGAGCUAAAAGCUCAUGGCAAGCUGACCAACAGGAGCAUGAGCAGACCUGCUGGAGAACUGGCUCAGGUUAAGGUGAUCGAUAUGACAGGCAGAGAGCAGAAGGUGUAUCACAGUUACAGUCAUAUGAGUCAGAAGCACAGUGUUCCUGAGGAGGCCCCUUUGAGUGUGAGCACACGAGAACAGAAGACAUCUGGCUUCUCCUUACCGGAGCUGGAACACAACCUCGAACUGCUCAUUGAGCUGACAGAGCAAGACAUCUUACAGGGUGUGAGCUUUAAGACAUCCCAGAGGUUUGCAGGUGGGAUCAGAACAGGGCAGGACCUCGGAUCCUGGGAGAAACACACACGAGGCAUUGGUCAAAAACUUCUGCAGAAGAUGGGCUACGUUCCAGGAAAAGGAUUGGGCAAAAAUGCUCAAGGUAUUCUGAACCCGAUUGAGGCGAAGCUGCGGAAGGGGAAGGGAGCGGUUGGAGCAUAUGGUAAUGAGAGGACCCAGCAGUCCCUGCAGGAUUUCCCUGUUGUAGACUCUGAGGAGGAGGAAGAGAAAGAGUUUCAGAGGGAGUUGGGGCAAUGGCGUAAAGAAGCAGGAACGGCAAAGAAAAAGCCCAAAUAUUCUUACAAGACUGUGGAAGAGCUAAAAGCUCAUGGCAAGCUGACCAACAGGAGCAUGAGCAGACCUGCUGGAGAACUGGCUCAGGUUAAGGUGAUCGAUAUGACAGGCAGAGAGCAGAAGGUGUAUCACAGUUACAGUCAUAUGAGUCAGAAGCACAGUGUUCCUGAGGAGGCCCCUUUGAGUGUGAGCACACGAGAACAGAAGACAUCUGGCUUCUCCUUACCGGAGCUGGAACACAACCUCGAACUGCUCAUUGAGCUGACAGAGCAAGACAUCUUACAGAGUGCACGACGUCUGCAGCACGAAAAGGACACUGUGGUGACCCUGACCCAUGAGAGCGACGCACUGCAGGUCAGGCUGGCAGAGGAGGAACAGGCUCUUGGUCGGCUGGAGCAGGUGAUGAAUCUGGUGGAUCGUUUUGAAGCGGGUGAUAAGGAGGGCAACCCUGCGCUCUGCCUUCAGGAGUGCGCUAAGAUUUUUCAACAGCUGCAGACAGAGUUCUAUCAAGAGUAUAAAACCUUGGGUUUGGGAGACCUAGCUGUGUCUGUGGUGCAUCCUUUAUUGAAGGAGAGACUUCGCAGCUGGGAUCCACUGAAGGACUGUUCAGAUGGUUUAGAGGAAGUCGGUCAGUGGAGAGCCAUUCUUGAAAGCUCACAAUCUCUUCAUGGUGGCCCAGACACUUCUAACAUGGACCCCUAUCACAGGUUGAUAUGGGAAGUGUUGGUUCCAGUCAUGAGGAGCUGUGUGUCUCAGUGGCAGCCUAGAAACGUGGGGCCCAUGGUGGACUGUGUGGAGUGCUGGGCUCCUGUAUUGCCGCUGUGGAUUCUGGACCAUGUUUUGGAGCAGCUUAUUUUCCCACGACUACAAAGAGAGGUGGACAAUUGGAACCCACUGACAGACACAGUGCCAAUCCAUUCAUGGGUUCAUCCCUGGCUGCCUCUGAUGCAAACCCGUCUUGAGCCGCUGUACGCACCCAUCCGCAGUAAACUAGCCCAUGCCCUGCAGCGCUGGCACCCCAGCGACUCCUCCGCCAGACUCAUUCUACAACCCUGGAAAGAUGUCUUCACACCCGGUGCCUGGGAGGCUUUCAUGGUCAAAAAUAUUGUUCCCAAAUUAGCUCUGUGUUUAGGAGAGCUGGUGGUGAAUCCUCAUCAGCAAGUACUGGAACCAUUCAACUGGGUGAUGGACUGGGAAGGGAUGCUCUCGGUCUCCACCAUGGUUGGACUGCUGGAUAAGAAUUUCUUCCCCAAAUGGCUACAGGUGUUGUGUUCCUGGCUCAGUAACAGCCCAAACUAUGAGGAGAUCACCAAGUGGUAUCUGGGCUGGAAAAGCUUGCUCUCAGAGAACCUGCUCAGUCACCCACUGGUCAAAGAAAAACUGAACGAGGCCCUCGACAUCAUGAAUCGUGCUGUUGCGUCCGGACUAGGUGGGUAUAUGCAACCAGGAGCAAGAGAGAACAUUGCAUAUCUGAUUCAGACGGAGAGAAGGAAAGAUUUCCAGUGCGAGCCUCAGCCUGAGCGCCGUGACAUGGAGAAUUCUGGCACACGGCCACCAGGCACCGCAGCGGUACCAGCAUCUGUACCUACCAACUUUAAAGAUCUAGUCCAGGCCAAAGCUGAGGAGAAUGGCAUUGUCUUCAUGCCACUGGUGGCUAAACGGCAUAUGGGCAAACAGUUGUUCACAUUUGGUAGAAUAGUCAUCUACAUUGAGCGUGGAGUGGUCUUUGUCCAAGGCGAGAAAACCUGGGUUCCAACAUCACUACAGAGUCUGAUUGACAUGGCCAAAUGAGACUGAUGCUCAGUCAAAGAGAAGCUGUUUAAAUGUUGCUGUCUAGUCUGCUUCCAUGCAGUUUGUAACACUGUAUUAGACUUGUCUAUCAAUGUUGUUUUAUAUUGCUGAAGAACAGGGUUUGAAUAAAUUUGUUUUUAAAUUAA